AUGCCCCUCUACGAAAUCCAACACAUCUGCCCCCUAACCCCCUCCCAACAAGACGACCUCGCCCUCGCCAUAACCCGCAUCCACAGCACAAAGUUCACCACCCCAAAGAUGUUCGUCAAUGUAAAAUUCACCGAUGCCACCUCCCACAUCACCUACGUCGGCGGCAAGCGUCGGCAGGGAAACCACAUCAUCGCAAACGUUCGUGCAGGACCGAGUCGCACGCAGAAAGAUUGGGAUAGCCUGUGCCACGAGAUUAUGAGCGAGUGGAAUCGCAUUGUGCCCAUGCCGAAGGUCAAGAGGAGUGCGCCGGAUGAGGAUCAUACGUUGAGGAGUUGUAUUCUGCUUGGGGGGAUUAUUGGAGGGUAUGAGGCGGGUUUCAUGAUUCCGCCGGCGGGUGGGGAUGUGCAGUGGAUAAAGGAUAACUGGGACGAGUUCAAGAUGAAGGCGGAGAGUGAUGAGGAGUUCAAGGAAAUGGUGGAGGAGGUGGAGCAGAGGGGCAUGAUGAAUGGGGCGGGGAAGAGUACGAAGGAGAAGUUGGAGGAGGCGCUGGGUUGGGGGGAUAGUGCUUAG